GCGGGGGUGCGUGCGCCCCCCAGCCAUGUCGUUCCGGAAGGUGGUUCGGCAGAGCAAGUUCCGGCACGUCUUCGGGCAGCCGGUGAAGACGGAGCAGUGCUACGAUGACAUCCGCGUGUCCCGCGUCACCUGGGACAGCACCUUCUGCGCCGUCAACCCGGCCUUCCUCGCCAUCAUCGUGGAGGCCAGCGGCGGGGGCGCCUUCCUCGUCCUCCCCCUCCACAAGACCGGGCGCAUUGACAAGUCCUACCCCACGGUGUGCGGGCACACGGGACCCGUGCUGGACAUCGACUGGUGCCCCCACAACGACCACGUCAUCGCCAGCGGCUCCGAGGACUGCACUGUCAUGGUGUGGCAGAUCCCCGAGAACGGGCUGAGCCAGCCGCUGACGGAGCCGGUGGUGGUGCUGGAGGGGCACUCGAAGCGCGUUGGCAUCAUCUCCUGGCACCCCACCGCCCGCAACGUCCUCCUCAGCGCAGGGUGCGACAACGUGGUGCUGAUCUGGAACGUGGGCACGGCGGAGGAGCUGUACCGCCUGGACGGGCUCCACCCCGACCUCAUCUACAGCGUCAGCUGGAGCCGCGACGGCUCCCUCUUCUGCACCGCCUGCAAGGACAAGGCCAUCCGCGUCAUCGACCCCCGCCGGGGCACCGUGGUGGCCGAGAAGGAGCGGGCACACGAGGGGGCCCGCCCCAUGCGGGCUGUCUUCUUGGCCGACGGCAAGAUCUUCACCACCGGCUUCAGCCGCAUGAGCGAGAGGCAGCUGGCACUGUGGGACACGGAGAACCUGGAGGAGCCCAUGGGGCUGCAGGAGCUGGACUCCAGCAACGGCGCUCUGCUGCCCUUCUACGACCCCGACACCAACGUGGUCUACGUCUGCGGCAAGGGUGACUCAAGCAUCCGGUACUUUGAGAUCACGGAGGAGCCUCCCUACAUCCACUUCCUCAACACCUUCACCAGCAAGGAGUCCCAGCGGGGCAUGGGCUGGAUGCCCAAGCGUGGGCUGGACGUCAGCAAGUGUGAGAUUGCCAGGUUCUACAAGCUGCACGAACGCAAGUGUGAGCCCAUCAUCAUGACGGUGCCAAGGAAGUCGGACCUGUUCCAGGACGACCUGUACCCCGACACGGCCGGCCCCGAGGCGGCCAUGGAGGCGGAGGAGUGGGUGGCCGGCCGGACGGCGGGGCCGGUGCUGGUGUCCCUGCGCCAGGCCUACGUCCCCAGCAAGCAGCGGGACCUGAAGGUCAACCGCCGCUCGCUGCUCCAGGACAGCCGCGGCCCCCCCGCCGCGCCCGCCACCCCCCCCGCCACGCCCCCCGCCGCCCACGCCCGCCUCAGCGCCCCACCCGCCCUCGGCACCCUCCCGCCCGCACCCACGGGCCGGCUGGAGGAGGUGCUGCAGGAGGUGGCCACGCUGCGGGCACUGGUGGCCGAGCAGGGGCAGCGCAUCAGCCGCCUGGAGGAGCAGCUCAGCCGCCUGGAGAACGGCCACGUCUAGGGACCACCUCCCGCCCCCCCAGGGGACCACCUCACGCCUCACACCCCCCAAGGGACCACUGGACCCCCUCCCGCGUCGGACUGCCCCCAAGGGACCAUUCCCCACCCCAGGACCUCCCUGAGAUCAUCCUUCCUGGGGUGUCCUCCCGUUUUGGGGGGCUGGCCACCCCCUCCUCCAUCACCCCUUUACUGGGUGCUGCCCCUCCCCCACUGCCUUACUGGGUGCUGCCCCCCCCCAGAAUCGUGGACCAUUCCUGUGGGCUUCCCCCCUGCCCCCAACCACUAUCCU